CUUCACAUCCUCUACAAACCUUUUGAAAUCUCUCUCUCUCUCUCUCUCUCUCUCUCUGCUUUUAUACAUACCACAUACCAUACACACCAACAACAACGAAACAUCAUCAUGAAAUCCUUCAUGCUUUUCCUAAUGCUUGCCAUGCUAAUGGCUUCAGCCAUCACUACUCUUUCUGCGAUACCUGACGAAGAAGAAUCAUUCUUCAACGAGGAAAACAAUAAUGAUGCAAAUGACGAAACCAAAAGCCAGUUGGAAAAAAGUACUUCUCUGAGGGGAAGAAGCCGCUUCCUUGCCUCCCGGCCUCCUGCAAUGACUUGCGACAGAUACCCUAAGGUUUGUCGGGCUUCGGGCAGCGCAGGGCCAGAUUGCUGCAAGAAGAAGUGUGUGGACAGGAACACAGACAGAGCAAACUGUGGCAAGUGUGGGAGGAAAUGCAAGUACGCAGAGAUAUGCUGCAAAGGUAAGUGCGUGAAUCCGAGGUCGGACAAGAAAAACUGCGGCAGCUGCAACAACAAGUGCAAGAAAGGCAGCUCAUGUGCGUAUGGGAUGUGCAGCUAUGCAUGAACGCACCAGAUCACUGCUACUCGAUCGAUAAGGAGGAUAUUGCAAUAUAAUUAUUAAUUGUGCAGCUAUACUUUGAUAAUUUUAUUUGUUUUAUUAAGCUCAGCUAUAUUACCUGAAAAUAGUAGCUAGGCUCUAUCUAUGAAUUUGUGUACGUGUGUGUAAGUGCAAGAAUAAGGGCUAGCCAAUUAAUUGUUUAUUAAUUUAUUAUUAUUUUCUCUUA